UGGAGGCCGCAGCCUGGCAGACCAGACGUCCCGGCGGGCUCCCUGGAGGAGUCGGCCCGGCUUAUAGCGAGGGGGGCGGGGGAGGAGGGGGCCGGGGUGCCACCCCGAGGAGGGAGGAGAAGAAGAGCUCGGAGGAGGCUGACGGACUUAAUGGCCUGCCGCAGAGGGCUCGCGUCUCGGAUGGCGUCUCCAUCCUGCGCAGGCCAGGCCGAGUCCGGUCCGGCCGGCGCCGUGUGGGCAGAAGGCCUGGGCAGCCCCGCGCCGGGUGGGGCCCUGUGGGGGGGCUGCGGAGGCAGGAUGGGCCCCCCCAGGGCUCGCCGUCUCCUUGUCCGGCAGCCCUCAUCGGAGCCUGCGGGGGCAACUACACGGCCGCGUCGGCCGUCAUCUACUCGCCCGACUUCCCCGACGCCUACGCCGCGGGCCGCGCCUGCUACUGGACCAUCCGCGUGGCCGGGGCCUCCCGCAUCCUCUUCAACUUCACCCUCUUCGACAUCCGCGACGCGGCCGACAUGGUGGAGCUGCUGGACGGCUACAGCCACCGCGUGCUGGCGCGCUUCGACAGCCGCCACCGGCCCGCGCCGGCCUUCAACGUCUCGCUGGACUUCGUCAUCCUCUACUUCUUCUCGGACCGCCUCAACCAGGCCCAGGGCUUCGCCCUCGUGUACCGAGCUCUCCAUGAGGAGGCGCCCGCCGCGGGGCCCCCCCACAACCAGAGCCUGGCCGAGGGCAUCACGGAGCAGAGCAACCUGAGCGCCAGCGCGGCGCGCGCCUCCAAGGUCCUCUACGUCAUCACCACCAGCCCCAGCCACCCGCCCCGCGCAGGCC